AUCUAUCAGAUUAUCCCGACAUAAUAAACAGUCUGACAACAAUUUACCUCGACUAACCCCUCCGCCCCCCCCCUAUCCUUUUCCCUCGAUUGCGAUAACCCGCCAACGGUAGCCAACACACACACACACACACACACACACACGCACACACACUACUCCCAGCUCCAAGCUGGUGGUGUCUCUUAUUUACCUAUCACCAGGUCUACUAAACUCAUCCGGAAUAUCUCGACUGUGUAUUCCCCGGCUCCCGGACUGCCAGGAAAACCGAACUAUCUCGAGCUACCGUUUCUGUCGCAACUAGCUACCUGGAGUACACACCGUUGGAGAGAACAAUAACCAGGCCAUCAUCCUCAUCUGUGGCUUAUUUUCCCAGAUCACCAACUGGAAGAACUUCCGAGGCCACACGUUAAUCUCCCCUUGCCGAUUGGAUUAUCCCGCGACUUGCUUUGUUUGCUUUCUGAGUUCCAGCCAUGACUGAAGUCUCGUCCACCCGACUUUAUCUCGGGAACCUUCCCCGCAAUGUAACUAAGCAGGAUAUCGAGGAGCAUUUCAGCACCCAUGGUUCCGGAAAGAUCACAGAGAUCAAAUUGAUGAAUGGCUUCGGCUUCAUUGAGUACGAAGAUGCGAUGGAUGCCCGAGAUGUUGUUCCCGCUUUUCAUGGCAGCGAUUUCAAGGGCGAGCGACUCACCGUGCAAUUUGCCCGUGGCCCGCGCCGCAAGGAAAACUUCCCUGGCCCGAUGGACCGUCCCAACAUGCCUCGCCCCCGCCGCACGAUCUUUCGCAUGUUACUUUCUGGACUCCCGGAAACAAGUUGGCAGGAUCUGAAAGACUUUGCCCGCCAGUCUGGCCUUGAUGUGGUAUACUCCGAGACCGGCCGUGAGCUUGGCAGAGGGUGCGUCGCAUUCUCUUUCCCCUGGACGCCUCGUUGGAUUACCGUUAACACUAUGAACAAAGGUUCGUUGAGUUCGAAACCGCCAACGACUUGAAAACUGCCGUCGAGAAGCUCGACCAGCGCGAGUUCAAGGGAUCUCGUGUGACAUGUAUCGCCGAUAUCCAAAGCUUUCCCCCGGAAGACCGUUCUUUCCGUGACCCCUACCGGUCGCGAUCCCCUCGUCGGAGCUUUCCCCCAAUGGAGGAAUACGACCGCCGAUUUCCCGCACCCCGUGGCUACAGUCCGCGGGCUCAUUACCGGGAACGGUCUCCUAUCCCCAUGCGGCGGGAAUACUAUGAACGGGAUGGGUACGGGCGCCGGACGCCACCUCGCCCACGGAUUGAAGACUAC